GGAAAACGAUAAGAGUCAUUAGAAAUCAGUCGAUAUUACAAUUUGGACAGCAAAUCACGUGCUACACCUGGAUCAUCAAAAUCUUUCAAUGAUGGUAAAAGCACGAAAAUAUGUCGUAAGGAAACAUUUUCAAGGUCUCCCAAAGAGGUUCGACUAUGAGGUUGUUGAAUAUGAACUGCCACCUUUAGAAGACGGAGAGAUUCUUGUAAAAGCAGAGUGGAUAAGUGUCGAUCCAUAUUUACGAGCGUUUAAUCGGCAUACGCCGGUGCCUUACGAUCAAUUCGGCUACCAAAUUGGACUGGUGGUGGAAAGCAGGAAUCCAAAAUACCCGAAAAAUUGCAGGGUUGUCUCCCACAAAGGUUGGUGUGAUUAUGUUAUAAUAGAGAAAAACGUGUUAGAAGCUGAGACAGAAGCGUACAAGCUGCCUGAUUUGCAAGGCCUACCUGAUGUUUUGGGAAUAGAUGCGAUUGGCAUGGUAGGAGCUACUGCUUAUUUCGGAUUUCUACACAUCUGUAAACCUAAAGCUGGCGAGACAGUUGUAGUUACUGGGGCAGCAGGCGCUGUCGGUACGUUAGUUGGACAAAUCGCAAAAAUUAAAGGAUGCAAAGUCAUCGGGAUCGCGGGAUCAGAUGCAAAAGUUAAAUUCUUGGAAGACGAACUAGGUUUCGAUAAGGCUAUCAAUUACAAAACAGAAGAUAUCAAUUCUGCUUUAAAAGAAGCGGCUCCGAAGGGAGUAGAUUGUUAUUUUGAUAACGUCGGUGGAGAGAUAAGUAGCAUUGUGAUGGGUCAGAUGAAUGAUUUCGGUCGAGUAUCUGUAUGUGGUAGCAUCAGCUCAUAUAACGAGGAUCCGCGGCAAAUGCCACAAGCAACGAUAAUCCAGCCUAGCCUAGUCUUUAAGCAAAUAAGAGUAGAAGGAUUUUUAGCUGGGAGAUGGGCUAAGCCUAUCAACCAUUGGCCCGCAGCGUUUGAAGAGCUUCUCAAUUGGGUCAAAAAAGGAGACAUAAAAACGAAAUAUCACAUCACAGUUGGUUUUGAUAAGUUAUUCGAUGCGUUUGUUGGGAUGCUAAACGGUGAAAAUCUCGGCAAAAGCGUUGUCAAAGUUUAA